CAGAAAAAGGCGCGUCUCAUUUUGGGAAUCAGUUUAUCGUUAACAUGAAUUCAGCGCUAGGACAUGGGCUAAUCGAGAAUUCGAGUCAUUUGAACCAAAUGCUUCGCGAAAUGAUUCAGUUUUUCGCUCGAGUCCCUGCACGCGAGGACACCUGGUCAAAAGAGUGACAUACUUUCACAAACGGAUGGAAAUCGUUUUAAUAACAGUGCAGUCUCUUAAAGUGUAAUCUCUUCUUAUCUUCAGAUUAUUAAAUACAAAUAUAAACCAUAACUAAACAUGAAGCGUUUGUAAAAUGUAUGUUGUUUUUUUUAUUAUUUAUUAGAAGUGCUUGUUUUGAGUUGUUGUUGUUUUUGUCCAAGUUAAUCGGGCCUCACCAGUGCGCUAACUACUAAACUAGGGAGCUGACCAAAGCACACACAGAGAUUUAGUUUGGAUUCAUGUCUGUUCCUGUUAUUGAUGCUUAUCUUGAACUUGGUUAUGUUUCCAAACACACAGAGAAGCUCUGGUUGAAGCGACCGAGAUCCAUGUGACACACUGUUGUAAAGAUGGCGGUUUUUAAAGUGGAGAGUGAAGACAUGAGGAUUGAAGAAGCGUUCAGAGUCAAACACGAGGAGGCCGAGGCACAGACAGUAGAACACAAACUAAGUCACCUACAUCCUGGAUGCCCUGGGGAAGCUCCAAAGUCUUGUCCAGCCAAACUUCGUAUCAUUCUUCAAGACCAUGACAUUCGCAAACUGGACUUGCCUCAGGGAAUCCCUGAGACUGUGAGUGAACUCGAGUCUAUUGUGAGGAAGACAUUUGUCCUCAAUGGGAACUUUACUUUGCAUUAUAAGGAUGCUGAUUUCGGGGAGGAAUAUUUCUCUCUUACCUCAACAAGUGAAAUUAAAGACAAGGACACAAUUAAGGUGAUUCACAUCGUUGAACCUCCCACACUUACUUUGACUUUUACUGAUGUGGAGAAUUCCUUUAAAAGUGCAUCAAAGACCUGCAUCCAAACCUCGGUCCACACUUCAGUGACCGACAUCUAUCCUUCUAUCAGUGGUUCCUUUUCUGAAUCGCAGGAUACACUGAUACUUCCAUCAUCUGAACACAAGACUCAGCGUUCACAGCGUUGGCCUACUGAAUUCUCAGUACCUCGCUUUGCCUAUGAUACAGAACUUGUGCUUGCCGCAGGAAGUGAGGCUUUCAGGAAGGAUGGAAUCCAACUCAACUUUACACCAAUCCUUCCAGACAUCCUAGAGAAAUUAGCUGAAAACAUCUUUCAGUAUGUGGCCUACCCAACAAGCGCGCAGUUAUCUGAUGUUGCUGAGGCUCUGGUUCAGAAAUAUCCCUGCCUAAAAGAACCGGGCUCAUAUAAUGGAUGCUAUGGAUGGCGACAGAGACUAAAAUAUAAAAUGGGCAACUAUAGAGCAAAACUGAGAGGCCUUGGAUGCCCCGAGCUUGAUGUUAACUCCCUCAAAAAGAAGCGAGCACAUGAAAGAGCACCUGCAAAAAAUAUUAAAAAGCCAAGAAAGGCAGAGGUGAACUUUUUACCCCCUCACCCACAUGGAGAAACUGAAGAAAGCUUGGAAAAUGAAAGAGUCGAGCUCCUUAAUGAAAUAAACAGGGGUGUGAACUAUCAAAUAAUUAGUGAAAAAAUGGCAAAGACAUUCUCUCUUCGCAGACAGGAAAUUGUCAGUCAAGCAACACCACUAAAUGACUUAAAAUACAGAUGGCCUGCACUUUUUGAUCCAGCACAGAUAAACGAAGAAUUCAGAAGGAUCACCACUGUUGACCUGGAGGCAACAUUCAUGGCAAAACUGGACCAGUACUCUCCUAAAUUAAUGUCCUUGGUGUUCUCAAGGGGACGGUCUUCAAAAAUAAGUAUUCAGCAUAUUAAGAACAUGCUGCUAGAGGAUUAUUCUUUGGAAAGAAGGAGAGAGGCUGCUCUCCGUUCCUUAGUGGUAUAUUUCAGAGAAAACGAGGAAGAUCUGUUUAAAGAACAUUCGGAUUAUGGGGAUAUUGCCAAUGAAGUGAUGAAGAUUAUUAUAACUAGAGGUUCCACAAUAUCAGAACCAGCCACUGCAAGAAUUGUGAUUGAGGGAACAGAAGUCCAGCAAGACCUGGACAUACCCAGGGCCUGUGCAUUGCUAAUGGGACUAAUAUAUGCACUCAACCUCAGCUACCCAAAAGAACUGAAAAACACUUUUGAGGCAUUUCAAAAGAUCUUUCUUGAGCUGGAUGAUAUGAAAUCUUGCCCAAAGCACUGUAUGCAAUCCUCCAAAAUCCACCAUCAGAAAUGUCCUGCUAAGAGCCUGCAAAACUUUCGAUGAUUACCAAAUUAUUUGGACCAAAAAAAAGUUGCCACUACUUUUAUAUUAAACAGUUGUUAAUACUGGAAUUGUAAAGUCUUAUUUGUUCCUACUGAAGUGAAAUAAAUAACCAGUACUCAGAAAAUAAUGUAACAGUUUGCAUGGACAUGAGUGAGUCAAAUAUAAAACUUUAUACACACAUCCUGAAAAAUUGGUUGCUCUCUACAAGAACAGGUCAUAAUUUUUUUCC